AUGGAGGAAGAACAAAUAAGAGUGAUUAAGAUAAUAGUUAUUGGAGUAAUCUCAUGGGGUGUGACCUUCAUCCUCACCAGAAAACUCUUCUCAGGCUACUCCUUCGACUUCUGCAACCGUCUUCUCUCCACGGUUCACGCGACAAUCGCAGUCACCUUAGCAACUCUCUCUGUUCAAGAUUGGUCUUGUCCUGUUUGUCCCCGUGCUUCUAAGCCAUCUCCCCAACAGAUGGAUACAAUGGCGUUUUCAUUGUCGUACAUGAUCUACGACCUCAUAUGUUGCCAGUUUGAUCAAGUGAUUAGUAUUGAUAAUGCGGUUCAUCAUUUUGUCAGCAUUCUUGGUUUUGUAGCUGGACUUGCUUAUCAAAAGUCUGGAUCUGAGAUCGUGGCUACAUUGUGGAUAGCAGAGGUAUCGAGUCCAUUUUACCAUUUAAGAGAGAUUCUCAAAGAGAUUGGAUACAGAGAUACCAACCUCAAUCUAGCAGCCGAUGUGAGUAUAUAUAUUCUAAAAUACUUUUAA